AUGAAAUAUGAUGACCUACUAAACAUAUUGGGCGAAUUCGGGAAAUAUCAAAAGCGUAUUUCUCUUUUAAUUGCACUACUGUACAUCCCAACAGCUAUUCAGACAUUCUUAGGAGUAUUAAUUCUAGCUAUACCCGACCACAGGUGUGCUAUACCAACAUUUCCUAAUGAUACUUAUAUGGUUCAAGAUUCCUGGCAUGCAGCGCAAAUUAAUCAGUCGAUACCCAAGUUGUCGUCGUGUAAAAUAAUAGUUAAUGAAAGUCAAACAGAAUGUAAUAUGUGGGUAUAUGAUACAUCGGUAUACACAUCUACAUUUUCGUCAUAUAUGGACUACGUUUGUGGAAAUGAAAUUUUCAGAACACAUGGUAACAUGGUCGUCUUUGGGGGGUCACUGGUAAGCGCUCUAUUAUUGGGCUUACUUUCUGAUAUAAUUGGGAGAAAGAAAACAUUAAUGUUAUCCAUCAUUCUGCUAAUACUUAGUGGUAUUGGUACAGCGUUAGCUGAAUCUUACAUCUUGUUUCUCAUCAUGAGAUUGAUAAGCGGAGUGUCUGGAACCGGAGUAUUCAUUACAGCUUUUGUUCUAGGGAUGGAAUUCGUAGGACCUUCCAAAAGAACUCUGUGUGGUAUGGGUUAUAUGAUAUUUUGGGCAAUAGGGCUGUUCAUACUGGCUAUGUUAGCAUACUUCAUCCGAGACUGGAAAUAUUUAUCACUUAGUGUAUCUGUACCUACUGUAGCCUUUCUCUCAUAUUAUUGGUUGAUGCCUGAAUCACCAAGAUGGCUCAUUGCAAAAGGAAAGUUUAAAGAAGCUGACUUAAUUUUAAGGCAAGCUGGUAUUGUCAAUAAAACUAAGUUAACGCCAAUGAUCUCAGAAGAAUUAGAAGAAGAAGAAAAUGUCGAGAGUGUCAAAUUCAGUAAAUUGUUCACCUCUCCAAAACUUUUAAUAGGAUCAUUGAUCGUAGUGUUAAAUUGGACUGUAAUUAACGGAUCUUAUUAUGGAUUAUCUUUGAGUGUAUCCAAUUUAAGUGGAAAUGUUUACCUUAAUUUGACUACAUCUGCUUUAUCUGAAUUAAUAUCAUACGUAAUAUGUAUGUUAUUAAUGAAUAGAAUAGGACGAAAAAAGUUAUAUUGUUCGGCCAUGUUAUUGGGAGGAUUCGCUUGCCUGGCAACCAUCUUUCCUAUUAUUUUUAUCAAAGAAUGUAAUAUAUGGAUAACUAAUACAUUAUCCAUGGUAGGAAAACUUGGAGCUUCCGGAGCAUUUGCUAUAAUUUAUAUUUAUUCUGCCGAGUUAUUUCCAACUGUAUUGCGGAAUUCUUUACUGGGUAUAAGUUGUACAUGUGGUCAAAUUGGUGGUGCUUUAUCUCCUUAUAUAGCCGAUAUUGUAAAUGGUGAUUUAAAAACAGCUUUACCAUUGAUUAUAUUUGGUUCAACAACAAUUGGUGCUGGACUGUUAUCAUUAUAUCUUCCUGAAACUUUGAAUCAAAAACUUCCAGAAACUAUUUCAGACGCUCAACAACUUUUCAGGUGA